AAGAAAAAAUAGAAUAAUCAUUAAUAUGCCAAACUGCCACCGAUCUAACUUUAUUGUCUAUUUAUAUGAAAAGGGUGCGAAAUUGCCACCAUGCCAUUCAAUGUCAACAAUGCAACUUAUUUGAGUACUGUGAAUGUAUACAUGCAUGGUUUAGGUUCACAAAAAUGGUGGCCAGUGUCUACUCAAUAGGGUAAUAGGAUGGAGGCUGUAGCCUACCUUUGCAAUAAAGAUACUAGUAGUUCAAUCAUGAAUAAAUAAAAUAAAAUAAAUGAAAUAAAAAUCAUGAAUGUUUCUCACCAAAUGAUUGACAUCAUUAUAGGAUACAAUAACAUUAUUGAUCAUACUGUAAAUUUAGACUUUUAUAUGUACUAGAUCAGUUCUGAAUCUUGGGAUUUCAAAUCUUGUAAAAGUUGUACAACUCAACUUUAAAACCACAAAUCUGGUCAGAAGCAUCAGCAUAGCUUCUUUCUCUCCCCCUCAAAGUUCAUGGAUCCUUCCAAUAACAAUGGAGGACAGAAGAGGCUCCUAGCCUUGGCACAACGGCUCAGACUUCACAAGCCCCCACCAUUCUCUGAGGACAUGUUAGAAAAGAUCAUGGAAGAAAGCAAAGGCAAGGUUGUUUCCCGAGUCGGUUUCCCGGAAUCAGCCACUGCAAUUGCUCAAAACCAAGGAGAAUUUAGAUUCAAGAGAGCUGCUGUUUUGAUCUGCAUCUUCGAAGGCGACGCAGGGGAACUACGAGUGAUCCUCACCAAGCGAUCUUCCAAGCUCUCUAUGUACUCAGGUGAAGUGGCCUUGCCUGGUGGUAAGGCAGAAGAAGGUGAUAAUGAUGAUGGAGACACUGCAAAAAGAGAGGCAAUGGAGGAAGUUGGGUUGGACCCUCAACUUGUUGAUGUUGUUACAUUUCUUGAACCAUUCUUCUCUAAGUACCUCAUAAUAGUGGUUCCUGUCAUUGGCAUACUUCAUGACAAAAAAGCAUUCAAGCCAGCUCCAAACCCUGCUGAAGUAGAAGCUGUAUUUGAUGUACCUUUGGAAAUGUUUCUCAAGGAUGAGAAGAGGAAACAAGAAGAGAGGAUAUGGAUGGGAGAGAAGUAUGUGAUACAUUUAUUUGAAUAUGAAAUUGAGCACAAGAAAUACCUCAUAUGGGGUUUAACAGCUGGCAUGUUGAUAAGGGCUGCAUCAGUUGUGUAUCAACGGCCACCAGCUUUCUUGGAGCUCAAUCCUAUAAUGAUUCCUAGGGAUGUAACCAAGGAUACUUUAAUUCAUUGAAUUCAACGUUUAUUGGAUUAUUCAUUGGGAAAGGAAAAGGGUAGUUAUAUAGCACAGCACUUGGAAGUUCAUUCCUCAGUUCUAUUAUCUCAGAUUGUCCUUUUUUCACUUAGAGAGAAGUUCUUGCAAGUGUUGCAGGGCUCAAGAGUAGAAGGUACUUUUGAGUUUUGUCUUCUCAUGCAUGUUGUUGUUGGUUACAACUUUGAUUCAAUAGGAGAGUCAGAUUCCUAGAUCUAGAUUCUAGAUAUAUAGUUGCCUUUGUAAUUUGUUUGACUUGAUGUUUAACUUGCCAUAAUUUGAAGUUCAUUUAAUUUUUAA